GUUGAAGGGUCGGAACAGCGGCGAUUCACGGCCGACGGUUGCUAGAAGCAAGCGCUCAUGGGAUCUUUCACGCUGCAAUUUGGAGCAGUACUUGUUGCUGCUCAUUGUGCUACACUGCACCAACAGACCACAGCAAUCGGUGAUACCUAAAGAGGCUCUGAAGACGACGCCAUGGUGGGGGUGUCCAAAGUGGCGUUCUUCUACAUUGGAACGCUGGCACUACUGACCUUGCCGGAGGACGUAAACGCCUACUGCCCUAACGGCUGCAACGCACAGGGAACAUGCGGCAAGAACGACAAGUGCACGUGCUACGAGCGACAGGAUCAGGAGACCGAAAGCAUCAAAUACCCGGCCUUCAAAGGCGCCGAUUGCUCGCUACGUACGUGUCCGUUCGGCGACGCGUGGGUUCAAGUGCCUACCGCGACGAAUACCGCGCAUUCAUUGGUCGAAUGCUCGAACCGUGGGCUUUGCGACUACGGCACGGGUCACUGCGUGUGUUUCGCAGGGUAUGAAGGCAAGGCCUGCGAGCGAACGGAGUGUCCGAACAACUGCAACGGGCGCGGCAUUUGCCUCACUCUUGCAGCUAUUAUUGCUGGCAGACCCACCCCGCCAGGAACGUAUGCUGCAUGGGACGCCAGUAAGCACAUGGGCUGCUUCUGUGACCAGGGAUACCGCGGACCCGACUGUUCUCUCAAGGAAUGUCCUAGUGGCGACGACGUGUUGCUCGCCUUUGGCCAAAAGCAAGGACGCGACUGUGGAGGCCGAGGCAAGUGCAACUACGAGUCGGGAGAGUGCGAGUGCUUCCCGGGUUACUACGGCACGGCGUGCGAUUCACAGACUACCGUCAACUAAGACGAGGAACCGGUAACUCUAGGCAAUGGCUGCAUUUGACUUCCUCAAAUACAUGCUCUUUCAAAACGCUAUUUUCCUCAAUAAAGCGUUGCAUAUAAAAGAUG